AAUGGCUUUCUGCAAAUUUCAGUUUUCUGUGUUAAAAUAAAACCUGUUUUCCGGUUUAGCCGUCAUUCUAAAAUGCUGUUGGAACAUGUGCUCACGUCUUUGAUCUUAGUUGUACUCUUUGAUUGCCUGAUGGCAGCAUGUCCCAGGGAACGCUCAAAGCUCGUGAGAAACAUGCUUAAAAAGCAUGUGUUGCCCAUCUACUCUGAGUUUGAAACCAAUAUGCCCAGUACCUGCCCUGUGUCAAAGGAGCGUGAUGUAUUUGGUGAACAGGAAGUGAAAAAGAUCGAGGAAACACCGUCCAAAUGGCAGUGCGACUAUUGCGGGAAACAGUUCUUCUCUGAAUAUUUUCUGGAUAAACACAUGGACUUGAAACAUGCAGAUAAACUGAAAAGGGAGCCUGACACGACAUGCCUGGCAGAUUAUUGUGACAUAUUCAGAUGUGAUGUGAUUAGUGCCCAAUAUGCUGCUGAUUACUGGACCAAAGCGUUAUGCAAGGAAGAUGAGCUGAUUGGUCUAAAGAAGACUUGUCAUGAAUUACUGGAACCUUGUGUCCCACGAGUUUUUGAAGCUCAUGAAGAGAAACAGUUUAGAGCUAAACUGUAUGAGGUGACAUGUAACUUUUUAACGUGUGAAAAAGUUUACGAAAAACUGGACAGCAAUGAGAAGAAUGUGUCUCUUGUCAUCUACAUCGUUGCAUUGAUCUUCUUGAUCUUCUCUCUCAUCAUCUACUAUGUGAUAGCAUAUACACAUUUCUAUGAGGAGCCAAUAUUCGACAGCCAUCACCGAUUUGAAGACGAUGAUGAGACUGAGGAGAACUUCCGUUACUACACGCAGACCAAGCAGCAAGUACGGAGUCGUUACAUGCAUCAGUAUGCUGGGAGAUGACACGGAGAUGAUGCAGAUGCUGAUGCCGAUGAUGAGGGUUGAGAGAUACAUGGAGGCCAUUUUGGGCAUCUUAGAAUACACCAAUGCUGAAAAACGGCUCUGUUAAUGUGGAGUGGGAGUAUGUGCAGUUACUUUAAUGUGACACCACCAUUCAAGCGGAGCAGGCGAAAUUGAAAUUUCGUCACAAUGUUGUUAACUUGUAUUGUAAAUCUGUCUAGUCAUUGUGUUGUAUGCAUUAUGUAUGUCCGCCAAAACUAGUCACAUGUGUACUGGUUGCCAAAUAGAGCAUCCUAACUGCUUAAUCGGGUCAGAUUAGGCCUCUCUGUCGAGACAGUAGGCUGCUGUACUACAUGAUAUGCACAGAACCGGCUAUUUAGAAAAAAGCUAUGGGUCUGUAUUAGGCCUUUCUCUACACUUGCAUUUGAUACUAGGUUCACUUGGACUUUGUUUGCCGCGAGCAUCAGGGCUGAAAAGUUCCAAGGCUUUGUGGUUGAUUUGUAUAUUGAUAGGACUUCUUCACCAAGUAGAAUGUAUCAUGUCGUACAAAUUAGUCACAUUACAUGGAGCUAUAUUCUGUAAUA